AUGCGUUCCUUUUCGUCUAUCGCACUCCUAUCUGUGGUGGGAGCUGCGUCGGCCCAGGCUGGUCCUUGGGCCCAGUGUGGAGGCAAGUCCUUCUCCGGCUCAUCUGCGUGUCCUUCGGGAUGGACGUGCCAGGUGCUGAGCGAGUGGUUUAGCCAAUGUGUACCUGGCGCCGAGUCCACGACUCCCGCCGUGUCGAGCACUCCCACACCGUCUGUCACUCCUUCGGUGUCCAUUACUGCGUCCGUCAGCACGGGCAUCAACAAGUCAAUCUCAACAGUGUCGAAGUCUACUCCCCUGCCGUCUUCGUCGUCGGCCUCGCCAACCCCUCGCCCGACGGGCAGUGGGUCCUUCGCCAAGACGGAUGGAGUGCAGUUCUCGAUUGACGGCGAGACCAAGUACUUCGCCGGCACAAACGCGUACUGGCUCCCAUUCCAGAUGAACGAUGCGGACAUUGAUGCCGUGUUCGAUCACCUGGAGCAAACCGGAUUGAAGAUCCUUCGUGUCUGGGGCUUCAACGACGUGACCACCGCUCCCAGCCCCGGAACGGUCUACUUCCAGCUCCACGACAAGGCCAAGGGCACUUCCACCAUCAACACUGGCAAAGACGGUCUUCAGCGUCUUGACUAUGUUGUUGCUGCCGCUGAGAAGCACGGCGUCAAGCUCAUCAUUCCUUUUGUGAACAGCUGGGAUGACUACGGUGGAUUUAACGCUUACGUCACUACCUACGGUGGCAGCAAGACUGAGUGGUUCACCAACGAGAAGAUCCAGAGCGUGUACCAGGCCUAUAUCAAGGCUGUUGUCUCUCGGUACAGGAACUCCCCGGCGAUCUUCGCUUGGGAGUUGGGCAAUGAGCCUCGCUGCAAUGGAUGCAGUCCUGAUGUUAUCUACGGCUGGGCCACCAAGACCAGUGCCUACAUCAAGUCGCUGGAUCCCAACCACAUGGUCGCCAUGGGUGAUGAGGGCAUGGGCUUGACCAUCGGCUCGGAUCAGUCGUACCCGUACUCCACCACCGAAGGAAACGACUUCGAGAAGAACCUGGCUAUCCCUGACAUCGACUUUGGAACGCUCCACCUUUACACCACUGACUGGGGUAUCAAGGACAACGCCUGGGGAAAUGGAUGGGUUGAGAACCACGCCAAGGCCUGCAAGGCUGCCGGUAAGCCCUGCUUGUUCGAGGAGUAUGGCAUGAAGGGCAAGCAUUGCACCGACGAGCUGAAGUGGCAAAAGACCUCCCUGAGCUCGGGUACCGCCGCAGAUCUGUUCUGGCAGUAUGGUCAGAAGCUGUCCAGUGGCCAGUCUCCAGACGAUCAUUACACCAUCUAUUUCGGCACCGAUGACUGGAAGUGUGCCGUUAUGGACCAUAUGGACAAUGUCAACAAGAACUAAGUAGGCGAGGCAAGGAUCCUAUAGUUGGUCAAUGGCUAUCUUACGGUUUGGCACAUCGCCCAUUUCCACAUGGUCGGUUUUGGACCAUCUGCACUGCUUCUCUUCUUAUCAUUCAAUUUCUUCUACCGUUCUUCAUUGAGGAACGCCUUU